UCUGUUCAACUUCCAAGAAGAAGCAACUUCCUUAUUAGUUUCUUCCACAUUAGACCUUGUUUAUGUAGUACACCUUGUUUGUAUAUAUAAUUCAAUGGUGUUUUGUUAUUGUUAUUAUGUUCCUUAAUUUUAUAUUAAUUACCUUAGCUUAUAGAAGAAUUUAACAAUUUUCUUUGAGAAAAAUGGCUACUAGCAGCAUCAUCUCAACAAUGAAGGAUCAUGAAGGAGUAGAGAUAGUUUAUGGCACGGAAGAGUGUCAUCGCCACUCGAUCGAGCUCUUGGAAGAGCUUGGUUUCCCAAAGGGUGUUCUUCCAUUGAAGGACCUUGUGGAGUGUGGCAGAGUCAAGGAAACAGGUUUCGUGUGGAUGAAGCUAAAGGCGCCAUACGAGCAUUACUUUGAGAAGACAAACACAAAGGUGAGCUAUGCUGCCGAGGUGACCGGAUAUGUUGAGAAGCUAAAGAUGAAGAAGAUGAGUGGGAUCAAGAGCAAGCAGAUGAUGAUUUGGGUGCCAAUAUCUGAGAUGAGCAUGGAGGAUCCUAAAGGGAAGAAGAUUACAUUUAAGACUCCUAUGGGGAUAGGAAGGUCUUUUCCUGUUACUUCUUUCAUGACUCAAGAGGAAGAGGAGAAGUACCUCCUUGAGUUGAAGGAGAAUCAGAUUAAAGAAAUAUAAUUGAACUAGCUUGAAUUAUAUGUCAAGUUCAUGAUGAUUUAUGAAUAAUUGGCAACUAGAUUAUGUUGUGGUCUGUUUUUUGUUUGAACUGUUGGAUGUGGCAUUUACUUAUUUCUUGUAUAACAUAUACUUUGUUACAGAAACAAAAGAUAAAGAAUAAAAAAUAAAAAAAUCAAUGUUUUAUGAUUUCAAUUUUACCAAA